GAAGCAUACGAGACAGACAACUGUCAAAAAAAGAAAAGAAGAAUUGUGUGUUCGCGAGAAUAGGAAUACGACAAAAAAGUAUUUUUUGUAACUUUUUCUUCUUUUUAUUUUUGCUACAACCAAAAAAAGCAAAUACACUUUUUUCUUAACCGACCUCAACAAUUUAAAAAUAAUUUACAUAUAUUUUUUAUAAAACGAAACUUACGGUUUGUAACAAAUAUUAAAUGGAAAGUUAAAGAAAACAACGCGCUAAAGGAUAAGCGCUGGGUGAAAAGAUUACCAAAGGAAUGUAAUCACUGCAAGAAAAAAAACGAAGGUGUUUAAAACGAAUUUAAAACAAAAAUGCAGAGAUAUGCCACAAAAUAAUCAAAUAACUCUUGACUAAUUCCUGAAAAAAUAUUCCAACGGAAACGGCUAGUUUUUCUUCAUAUUCAGUUGAAAUCUAAAAGAAAAACUAGUGGAACGGCCUCGCAAAAAAAGGUGGUAAGGUGUGAUAUAAAUAACAUCAACGAUACUACUUAUCCUACUAAUGGCUACAUUUUCCUAAAUACGUGAUAAAAUAAGAAAAGAUUAUUUUUUAAUAAAAUUAAAAAAGAAAACCAACACUCAAUUCAACAAUAAUCUAACGAGAUCAUACUUUUAAAGUUUUUGAUCAAGUUGUUAUCUAUCACCCGACUGGGGAAUUGUUUAUUUUGGAAUUUUUAAAGUUCUAAUUUCGCUACAUAUACUUUUUUAAUACAUAUAUAAAAUAUACACAUUAAGGCAUUCUUAGAAUGCAUAUAAAAAGUCUGCAACAUGCUCAUGCUGCUGCAGCAGCGGCAGCAGCCAUGCCAAACUGUGAAAUUGUAAUCGUAUCAUCUUCGCCUAAUCAUAAUAACAACAAUAAUAAUAAUAACAAUAAUAACAACAAUAACAAUGAAAGUACAAAUGGGGGAUCGAGUAAUGGCAGUGGAGGCGGCGGUGGCGCUGCUGGUGUUGCUAACAAUGGUCACCAACAUCAACAACAGCAACACGGUUCCUCAGCCCCAACACCAACUGAGAUUCCAAUACCGUUUAUGCAUUUGGCAGGCGUGACAGCAGAGGCUCAUGCCGCAGCUCAGGCUGCCGCUAUGGCUGCAGCACAAGCGGCGGCCGCUCAAGCAGCUGCUGCCGAACAGGGUGGCGGUAAUGCCCCACCACCGGGCAGUGCUCUGGCCCAUCAUCAUGCCAUAUUGCAGCAACAUCCUUUGGCUCAUCUAGUGGCCACUGCUGCACACAGUCCUGCUCUAUCCGAACAACACUUUAUAGCCCGCGAUGCUACCGUCUUGACUAAUGGCCACAAUGGCAACUCAACGUCGGCAUCGGGUGGACCUGCCCCCGAAAAACCAUUUCAGUGUAAUGUCUGCGAAAGACGAUUCCGCCAAUUGAGUACUCUCACGAAUCAUGUAAAAAUCCAUACUGGAGAAAAGCCGUACAAAUGUAAUGUUUGUGAUAAAACCUUUCGUCAAUCGUCCACUUUGACUAAUCACUUGAAAAUACAUACCGGUGAGAAGCCAUUUAAUUGUACCUAUUGUCCGAAACAUUUUCGUCAAUUGAGUACAUUAACAAAUCAUUUGAAAAUUCAUACAGGCGAAAAACCUUUUGAAUGUGCCGUUUGUAAAAAACAAUUCCGUCAAUCUAGUACUCUUAAUAAUCACAUAAAAAUCCAUGUUAUGGACAAAGUCUACGUGCCCGUAAAGAUUAAAACUGAGGAGGAGGAAGGGUGACUAGAGGACAUGAUGGUGGUUGCAACUGGGGGCUCCAAUAAUGGACUUCAACAGCAACAACAACAACAUCAUCAGCAAAAUCAUUCACAACAACAACAGCAGCAGCAUCAACAGCAACAACAACAAUUAAUCGCUCAACAACAACAGCAGCAGCACCAACCACAACAUCGUCAAAUUAUUACCUCCACUCUAGCACAACAUCAGCAACAGUUACAAAACAACAAUACAACAAUAAUAGCAACAACACAACAACAACAACAGCAGCAACAAAACCAACAACAACAGCAGCAGCAACAACAAACCACUAAUGGCUCAGCCACAACAACACCGUCCAAUCUUGAAGCUUUUUCCAACAUCGCAACAGCUGCUCAAACACUCGAAUUAAGUUCAUUAAAUGCCGCCCAAUUGGUGGGUGGUCACUUGACGGCCGAUGGUAAUUUCGUUACCAUGGGCGGUGUUGUAGUCGGACGUUUACAUCCCGCUCCAGGUGCUGCGGGCAAUACGCAUUUCCUUCAACAUCAAUUGCGAAUACAUACACCCCAUUUGGGCGUAAUAAAGAUGGAACCAUCGCCCAAUGCUAAUGAAUACAACAACACCAAUAAUCCAAAUAGCAACACUAGCAACAAUAACUCAACGACGCACACAAAUAAUGCGAACGAAGGAUGAGUCCCCGACUAUGAGACACUAUUGGAAUAUGUGCUCAAUGAUUGAAAACUAAAUGAUAAAAAACAGAAGAGAAAAAAAGGAAACACAAAAACAUAUGCAAGUGUACGUGUGUGUAAGCAUAAAAUAGUCAUUUAUCCUAUGAAAAUUUGGAAUUGACUUUGUAAUUAAUUAUUAAUUUUUGGCUUAAAUAGAUGUAGAGUAGAAUAUUGUCAAAUUGUCGAGAGAUUAAUGAAUGUCUCACAGCGAAUGUUAAUAAAAAAUAUUGUUUUUAAAUUAAAUAAGGAAAUUUAUUAAAAAAAAAAAAAAAAACAAAUUACUGAAAAAAUCUCACAAUGUUUUUCAGAGCAAAGGAGUGAUUAAUAGGAAAGUUAAACAUUAAAAAAUUCAAAACCUUUCAAACUAAGUCGAACUUAUAACAGCUUUAAUAACAAACAACAGAGUUUUAAAAUUUUUGCUAAGAAUGUUUUUUUUUGUACCUUCUUAAAUUUGUCCCUAUGGCAGGCUCACCUUUUUCACCAUUAAAUUACAAAUAUUGAAAGAAGUAUUUACUAUAGUAAAUACUUCUUUCAAUAUUUAUAUAUAAAUAUUUUCAAAAAAUAUAAAAUAUUUGUCAGAGUAUAUUUAAUCAAGUUUUAAUGAAAAUAAAUGUGUCUUAGAAUGUGGGAAGAUAUUUUGCACAGCCUAAUUAAAUCUGAUUUUAUUGAAAAUAAGUGCGCGAAGCUUUGAAAAUUUAAAAAUAAAUAAAAGGAAAUCCUCUUUAAUUUGAAAAAUAUGGCUGAGAAUCUAUCUCAUUAAUCGAAAAAAAAAUCGAUUUUGUUCCAUCUACAUCUAUUUACAAACACUAACAGCAAUUUAUUGUCCUCUAUGAAACGACUUUCUUGCACACACGCAAACCACCAACCAAAAGAAACCAAGGGCUCAUCCAAUUAUAAAAAAAUAAAAUGAUAAAUCUCCGUGUAAAUGUACUUAUAAAGGAAAGGAAAUCUACAAAUAUUAACUAUUUUUAAAAAAAUACUUAAGGAAAAGGAGAAUUUAUAUUAUUAUUGUUUGAAAUAUUGUUGUCACAAAAUAAAACAAAAAAUAUAAUAAAUAUUGUUAGUUGUUGUUAUACUAUGAUCAUCAGAAUAUUAUAAAUGAAAAACGAAAUAAUUGAUGUUUGUUGUUAAAGAAUAUACAAAAGAAAACCCUAAAAAACUACUGAUAACAUUGUUGUUAAAUAAAUGCAGAGGAAACUAAAAAA